AUGGGAGAGGAAGAAAACGACGAGCUCCUGUCGAAAGAAGUUGGAGAGGACGCAUCCAAAGAAGCAGGCCAAUUCCGUAAGCAGAUCGCCUCAAGCGUUAUACGAAAAAUAAUCGAAUACUUUCCCUGGGCUUUGAGCUUUCUUUUGGCCGUGGCUUUGGUCAUUGUGACGACAUGGAAGCUGCACCCACCCACGAAUUCGUAUGCUGCGGGUUGGUAUACAGAAAUGCCGGCCGCACGUUCUUUGAUACAAGUUAUUCUCGAUGGGCAACCUAAUGAGAUUCAGCAUGAUGGAGACGAGUUCGUUCCUCCCGUUCGGGAAUACGUUGGGAAGCCGACGCCAGAGAUGGACAAUGCUUGGGACAAGCUUGAAGCGCCAAUUAUACUUGAACUCGAAAAGGACGAGAUAGGCACGUUUGCGCCAUUGUUGAUGCGAUCGCCAAAGAACAACACAAAGUAUCUGUCUGGAAUCCAAGUCAUCCACCAACUCCAUUGCCUCAACGCCGUUCGCAAGGGCGUUUAUCAAGACUUCUACGGUAUACCAGACAAACACCAACUUCUACACAUGGACCACUGCAUAGACCUAAUACGCACCGUGCUGCAAUGCAAUAGCGAUCUUACACCUACAUUGUACACCAGCAGGAUUGAUCACGGUUUGCUUGGGAAGCCACGCACACACACCUGUAGAAAUUUCGAGCCCAUUCUCAAGUGGGCUACAGAGAGAAAGUAUGCAUUAGAAUAA